AUGAGUGGAAACAGAAAACUAAUAAAUUGGUAAUUAGAUUAAACCCAAAACUACAAUCCUUUGUUCAAUUUUGAGCAGAAGACACUUAUUUGCACAAAUUGUAUCAUCAAUCAGACUGACAUUACGGUUGGAAUAACCAAGGAGGGAAUAGUAAAUUACUGUCGAUUCUGUCAUCGUUACUUGAGACCCCCUUGGACCCUGUGCGAAAGGGAAUCAAAAGAACUAUUGAGCAUUUGUUUGAAGAGAUUGAGAGGAUUGAAUAAAGUCAAAAUCAUCGAUGCUGCCUUUGUGUAUACUGAACCAAGUUCCAAGAGAAUCAAGGUCAAAUUAACAAUAUAGAAGGAAGUGCUCAACAAUACCAAUAUGCAACAAACAUUCAUAUGCGAAUUCGUGGAACAUUACCAACAAUGCGAAGAUUGUAAAAAGGAAUUCACUCCUCACACUUGGGGAGCAGCAGUUCAAGUCCGUCAAAGAGUGGAUCAUAAAAAAACAUUCUUUUAUUUGGAACAAUUACUAUUGAAAUACAAUGCAAAUGAUAAAGUGUUGAAAAUAGAACAAGUUGAUGACGGAUUAGACUUCUUCUAUAAAUCGAGAUCUCAUGCCAAUAGAUUGGUAGAAUACUUAUCAACAAUUUUGCCAAUCAGAGUGAAACAAUCUAAAUAAUUGGUAUCACAUGAUGCUAGCAGCAAUCUCUUCAAUUAUAAGUAUGUCUAUGCAGUAGAUUUGCCUAAAGUGUGUAAGGAUGAUCUAGUUAUCCUCCCUUAGAAAUUGUGCAAAGAAUUGGGAGGAGUUGGUAGAGUACAAUUAUGCUAUAAAUUGACAACCAUAGUUCACUUAAUUGAUCCCCUCUCAAUGAAAUGUUCAGAUCUAUCCAUUGAGGCUUUUUCUUUAUACGAAAAUGAAAUUGAAGUCUAUAACCUAAAAACACACCAACAUGAAUUCACUGUUGUUGAUGUCGAACGUAUUCACACAAGAAAUUUGAAUGAAAGUUAUAUCUCAAUUACUAUUAUUAGGGAAUCUAACAAUUACGUACCUGUGACUGUGAAAAGUCAUUUGGGAGACAUCCUCAAAACUGGGCAGGUUGCUAUUGGUUAUGACUUAACUUAAUUGACUAUUGAAUCUUUGGAGGAUAUUUCCAAUUAUCCUGAGUGCAUAUUGGUGAAGAGAUAGAUCAAUAAGGAAGCCAGGAAGUAGAGAAUUUUCAAGUUGAAGAGGCUGGAAGCUCAGAAUGUUAUGGAAGAGGAAGGAGGAGAAAGAAAGAGAAACUAAUAGAAGAAAUAGAAUGAUCAAGAUGAGCAAUUCGAAGAAUUCUUAGAUGAUGUCGAAAAGGAUAAGGAGAUGAGAAAGAACAUCAAUUUAUAUAGAGAUGAAGAUAAGAUUAAAAAGUUAAGUAAGGAGGAUUUGAAGAAGAAAUAAAAGAAAUAAGUUCAGAUACAGAAAAAGGGUGAUGAUGAUGAAUGGUAAGAUGAUGAUGAGGAUGAUGUUAAAUUGGAAGAUUUAAUGAAAGAUUUGAAUUUGGAAGAUAAACCAGAAUUGGCAGAACCUGUAGAUGAAGCUUAAGAUGAAAUCAAUCAAUUCAUUACCAAAUUGGAAAAAGUAACAAUCGAAAAAUGAUAUAUCUAUAUAAAUUCUUAUUAUUAAUAAACAUUCAGAUAAAAAUAUUAA